AUGAAGGCCAUUUCUCUGCCUGGCUGCCUGCUGCAGGUGUACUUCCUGCACUCCAUGGGCUGCACAGAGUGCUUCCUCCUGGCUAUAAUGGCCUUUGACCGCUACCUGGCCAUACACAGGCCCCUGCACUACAGCACCGUCAUGACCAGGCGCCUCAGUGUGACCCUGGCGGCCACCACAUGGGUUGCCUACCUCCUCUACUCCUCCCUCCACAGCGUGAUCCUGUCUCAGCUCUCCUUCUGCAGGAGGUCCCAGGAAAUCCAUCACUACUUCUGCGAUAUUCCCGCUCUGCUGCAGGCAGCCUGCUCAGAUGUUUCCCUUGGCAAGAGCAUGCUCCAUGUGGCUGGUAUGGGCCGAGCCAAGGCCUUCUCCACUUGCACCUCCCACAUCACCAUGGUUCUGCUCUUCUACGGCACAGUCUCCAUAGCGUAUGUGCGGCCUCAGAAGAGCUGCUGCUCAGAGAUGGACCGGCUGGUGUCACUGCUCUACACCAUCGUGACUCCCACACUGAACCCUGUUGUGUACAGCCUGAGGAACAAGGAGGUGAAGGGAGCCCUGAAGAGACUGCUGAGCCGGGCAGAUUGCUCCUAG